AUGGCUUUUGGUCCUCACUUGUUGUUGCUCUUGUGUGGUAUCAGUGGACUGUUGACUGGAACAUGGGCUUUUGCUUUAAAGAGAGAUCAGUAUUGCCCUCCACGCUGGACUCAGUUGGACAACCGCUGUAUAAUCUUUCAAAAUGAGAAAUUAACUUUUGCUCUUGCUGAGACUGUUUGCAACAUUCUUGGUGGAAACCUGGUUUCAAUCCACAAUAAUCUGGAAAAUGAAGUAGUUCGCCACCUGAUUCUGGCAGGGGCUGGAUCUUUUAGGCGUUCUUGGAUUGGACUCCAUGACCGGGUCGAGGAUGGAGAAUUUUUAUGGACAGAUGGCUCACCCUUUGAUUUCAAUGACUGGGCGAAUAACCGGCCAAGAAUGAAUACAAAUCAAGACUGUACAGUGAUAAACUUUCAAGGUUGUCUGGUGUAA